GGCACGUGCUACGCCGCCAUCUGGACGCUGCUAUUGGCGGAUUUGGGGAGUAUCCAACGUCAAACACAGUGUGUGGCUCCCAUAGCCGCACACUUUCGCCGCCCCCCAUAGAGUCCUUUCGAUCAUUUAGGAUUUUUCUCCGUUUCGCCCAAGCGCCAGCGUAGAAGACUUUUAAAGCCUCCCCCCCUUCAGUCAAGAUGAGCGCUCUGACCCAGUACAAGCCCGUCGCUACUUCGGAGAAGAAGAGCGGCGCCGUGUCGUUCCUUAUGGACCUGGCUGCCGGUGGUGUGGCCGGCGGUAUCUCCAAGACCGUCGUGGCCCCCAUUGAGCGUGUCAAGCUGCUUCUGCAGGUGCAGGCCGCCUCGUCGCAGAUCAAGCCUGAGGACCAGUACAAGGGCAUCGUGGACUGUUUCGUCCGUGUGUCCAAGGAGCAGGGCGUGACCUCGCUCUGGCGCGGUAACCUGGCCAACGUCAUCCGUUACUUCCCGACGCAGGCCCUGAACUUCGCCUUCAAGGAUAAGUUCAAGAAGCUGUUCAUGGACGGUGUGACCAAGGAGCAGUUCUGGCGUUUCUUCAUGGGCAACCUUGCCUCGGGUGGUGCCGCCGGUGCCACCUCGCUUCUCUUCGUGUACCCGCUUGACUUUGCCCGUACCCGUCUUGGUGCUGAUGUCGGCAAGGGCAAGUCGCGUAUGUACACUGGUCUGGUGAACUGCGUGUCCACGAUCUACAAGUCGGACGGUCUGGGCGGCCUGUACCAGGGCUUCGGUGUGUCGGUUGGCGGUAUCAUCGUGUACCGUGCCGCCUUCUUCGGUGGUUACGACACCCUGCGUGACAUUGCUCUGCGUGACCCCAAGAACGCCCCCGUGUGGCAGAAGUGGCUGGUCGCCCAGACUGUUACCUCGCUGGCUGGUAUGAUCUCGUACCCCUUCGACACCGUGCGUCGUCGUAUGAUGAUGCAGGCUGGCCGCAAGGACAUUCUGUACACGUCCACGCUUGACUGCGCCAUGAAGAUCGCCAAGAACGAGGGCUCGGGCGCCUUCUUCAAGGGUGCUGGCUCCAACAUCCUGCGUGGCACGGGCGGUGCUAUCGUGCUGGUGCUGUACGAUGAGUUCAAGAAGCUGAUGAUGUAAGAAGCUUAGCUUGACCUAGUUGCUCGUGAAGGAUCGACCGAUAAAGUUGUGAGCUCAAGAUCAACACCAACCCAGGAGGAAAUGGCGAGGUUGUUUUACAUAGACAAAAGAUAUAUUCCGCACAUCGAGGGAGGGAGUUUCAAUGAAUACCUUGCCGUUUGUUCCUACCA